AAUGCACAUCUCCAUAAAGUGGUAUGGUGUAUGACGUAGAGAGGGGCGUGAAAAAAACGAAACAACGAGAAAAACAAGAACAAUGCUAGACAUAAUGAUACGGUACUCGAAACGAAAUAUUUUCUGUUAUUGAAAAAUAUAAAAUUGACAUUUGGAAAAAAGAAAACGGACUGCCGUUAGCGAGUGAGCGAAAGUGAAUUUCGCAAGAUGUCCGAAGGGGACAUGGAAAAAACGCGCGUGGAAGAUUACGCGCGCAACGAGGAACGUCACUCACGCGAGAAGGAGGAGGGGGAAGAAUUGCGCGUAAAAAAAUGCUCCAGCGAAGGAGAAGAAGAAGGAGAAGGCGAGCAACACUCUCCAUCUCCCUCUCGCAACGAGAAGGAACAGUCGCGAGAAGAGGAGCAGGAACAGUCGCGAGAAGAGGAGCAGGAGCAGUCGCGAGAAGAGGAGCAGUCCUGCGAGGAGGAAAGGUCCUUCGAUGUGGAGCAGGAGCACCAGCAGGAGCAUUCGCAGGAAGAGGAGCAGCACUCGCAGGAGCUCUCGCCAGGUGAAGAUUACUCGCUCCAGAAGGAGAACUUGCCCCUAGAGGAGCCCCCAGAGAGCCAGGAGGAACAUUCGCACAACGAGGAGAACUUCGCUGACGAAGGACUCUUGGCCGACGAGGAGCUGCCCGUUGAGGUGGACGAGGAGCAGGCACAGCCGAUGGAGGAGGAGCAGACGCCCUACGAGGAGCAGCCGCGUGACGGCUGGGCAUCCGGAUUCGAGGAGCCGGAAGCCUACGAUGUGCAGCCUGCGUCCUACGAUGUGCAGCUGUACGGGGAGGAUCCCUCGCAGCAGCCGCUGUACGACGAGCAAUCCCGCUACUUGGAUGUCACCACGGACUGCUACAUGGUUGAGGUGGAUGCGGAGGAGAAAGGUGCCGAGGCGGUGGGGGUGGCCGAGGAGGAGCUGAACCCCAUCGAUGUGGUCGAUCCCACAGGCUUGGCUCAGUCCCCGGGCCAGCCCGAAGCGGAUGAGGAUGGUGCGCCGCCGGCCAAGCGGGAUAAGCCGCAGCCGCAGCCUCUGCCUCUGCCUCCGCCUGCGCCUGCGCCGCUCUACGUGAACAGCCCCGUGACGGAGGACAGCAGCAGCAGCAACAGCAGCACGACGACCUCCGGCAGCAGCGGCAGCGGCAGCAGCUCGCGCCACUCCGAGGACUUCGAUGAUUCCACCAAGGAUGAGGCGUCCGUGGACACGGUCAUCUACGUGGAGGAGCCGCAGCCGCAGCCGCAGCCCAUGAAGUAUCCCAUGAUGGAUCCGGAUGCACCGACCAAGCCCAUCAUCACCGAGGUGGUGACCAUACCCGCACCGCGGGUGAAUCUCUUGCGCUAUCCCAUGCCGAGCAUGCCGAACAUGCCGAACAUUCAGCAUCACAUGCCGCCGCCACCGCCGCGGCGGCCGCUCGACUGCGAUCUCGAUGCCGAUGAGGUGGCCAUGCCCGGUCUGCCGGCCAAGGAUUGUGGCGAUAACAUCAAUCUGCCGCCGUACAUACCAGAGCCGGAGCCGGAACAGGAGCCAGAGGCAGAGGCAGAGGCAGAGGCAGAUCCCGAGCCAGAGCCGGAGCCAGAGCCCGAGCCGAAGCGGGAGACUCCCCGCCAGCAGUUUAUUUAUCCGCGCCAGCCGCUCGACUACCAGCCACAGCCGCGCGCGCUGGUGCAGCAGGUGCCGGACAACCAGCAGUUUGUCUAUCCGCGCAAGCCGCUCGAUCUGCCGCCGGACAACCAGCAGUUUGUGUACCCCCGGCAGCCGCUGCCGCCGGUGCAGACGGAGCAGAUCGUACAGGACAAGUACCUGCCGCCGCGGCUGCCCGCGCGCCAGCUCAUCGACUCGUACAAAAUCAAGCAUCGUCCGCCGUCGGGCGAUCGUCGGCGCAUGCCGCCGCCCGGGCCCAUGCGCACGGUGCUCGGUGCGGAGAUGGUGAACAUAUCGGACGACGAGGAUGAUCUGAGCGACGUGGAGCAGACCCGAAGCAGGAGCAGGAGCAGCAGCAGCAGCGGCAACGGCAGCGGCAGCGGCGGACACAGCACCAGCGGCAGCGAGAACGAGUCCGAGGACGACGACUACAUCCUCAUCGAGCACGACAGCAACUCGGCGGAAGCGGGAGCGGGAGCGGAGGCGGGGCCAGAAACGGAAACGGAAACGGAGACAGAGGCAACGGCGGGCUCGGGGGAUCUGGGCGAUGGGAUUGUGGUGAACGAGGAUUCGGAGAAGGUCUACUACAUACGGCGGGAGGACGGCACCGUGCAUGCCGGCCGCGUGCUGCAGUCGCGCAUCACGGAGAACAUUCUGAUGCCCAACGAGUACUACGUGCACUAUGUGGGCCUCAACCGCCGGCUGGACGAGUGGGUGGGUCGCCACCGCAUCUCGGACAACGCCGACGACCUGGGCGGCAUCACGGAGACCACGGAGGCCAGCAGCCUGCUGCAGCUGGACUGCGACCAGCCGGGCACCAGCCGCGAGAUGCUGCAGCAGCAGGCGCUGCUCGCGCAACAGCAGCAGCUGCUGCUGCAGCAACAGCAGCAGCAGCGGGAGCUGGAGAAGGAGCGCGCGCUGCGGGAGGGCAACAAGGACUACUAUCUGUCGGCGUGCGAGAACAACCGCUACGACUACAGCGACCGCAAGAUGACGCGCUACCAGAAGCGGCGCUACGACGAGAUCAACCACGUGCAGAAGAGCCACGCGGAGCUGACCGCCUCCCAGGCGGCGCUCGAGAAGGAGCACGAGUCCAUCACGAAGAUCAAGUACAUCGACAAGCUGCAGUUCGGCAACUACGAGAUCGACACCUGGUACUUCAGCCCCUUCCCCGGGGAGUACGGCAAGGCGCGCACCCUCUACGUCUGCGAGUACUGCCUGAAGUACAUGCGCCUGCGGCGCACCUACAGCCACCACACGUACAAGUGCCGCAAGCGGCAUCCCCCGGGGCGCGAGAUCUACCGCAAGGGCAACAUAUCCAUAUUCGAGGUGAACGGCAAGAACGAGCCGCUCUACUGCCAGCUGCUCUGCCUGAUGGCCAAGCUCUUCCUCGACCACAAAGUGCUCUACUUCGACAUGGACCCGUUCUUCUUCUACAUUCUGUGCGAGGUGGACCGCGAGGGCAGCCACAUUGUGGGCUACUUCUCGAAGGAGAAGAAGUCGCCGGACAACAACAAUGUGGCCUGCAUCUUGGUGCUGCCGCCGCAUCAGCGCAAGGGCUUCGGCAAGCUGCUGAUCGCCUUCAGCUACGAGCUGUCGCGGCGCGAGGGCGUCAUCGGCAGUCCCGAGAAGCCGCUGUCGGAUCUCGGGCGACUCAGCUACCGCAGCUACUGGGCCUUCACGCUGCUGGAGCUGAUGCGCAACCGCGUCUCGCUGGAGCAGACCACCAUCAAGGAGCUGAGCGAGGUGAGCGGCAUCACCCACGACGACAUCAUCUACACGCUGCAGUCGAUGAAAAUGAUCAAGUACUGGAAGGGGCAGAACGUCAUCUGCGUCACCACCAAGACCAUCUUCGACCACCUGCUGCUGCCGCAGUUCAAGAAGCCCAAGCUGACCAUCGACCGCAACUACUUGUUCUGGAAUCCCAGCAACAUGCGGGCCCCAGCCCGCCCGCCACUGCCCAUCAACGCGACGGCCCUGGGCCAGAUACCAACACAAUAAUUAACUUACUCCCAUUAACUUACAACAGCAACACCAUUCUGAACGUUUACAGUUUACACACUUAUUUAGGUGACUUUUUCCACAUAUUUAAACUCUUUUUGUGUCUAGUCUCGUAGGUUUUAGGCUUAAAUCAUCAUUACUCGUGUCUGUCUCCAAAUAUUGUUUUACCUUUAUUGGGCAACAAAUUGUAAAUCGCAAAUUCUAUUUAACAUUUUUAGUUUCAAUUUAUACACAACACCUUUACAUGUUAUCCUUUCACAUGUUAUCACUUACAUGUUUUUAAUUAACUUAUUUGUUAUAAGCAAACAAAACAAAAACAAAAACACAAGAAACCUAACCUCAAACCGAAUGAUGCAAAUAAAUUGGAAACAAAGAAGGAGCGCUGUGUACAGCAGCGUACACAAAUAUAGCACUUCUUCACUUCGCCUAAAAAAAA